AUGUCGCCUCCGCUUUAUCCUGAAGCCUUUAACACUUUUUUAAAUGUGAAAAAGUGCCACUCCGAAGCCCCUAGUACGAGUGACUCCGCAUGUGACAAUCCAAGCAAUUUGCAGACGAAGAGUGACGAGGCGAGUGGCCAUCUUGAAAGUGUCCUGACGAUACUCACCAUCUUUUGGGCCCUGGUUAAGAUAUUAACACGGCCACGAAUAGAAUUCCCGGCAUUUAAAGGCAUCCUGGAGCAGGUAAUGGGAAUUUUUACUUGGUGUCCUUGUUGGAAAACUUGGAAGAGACAAGGGUCAAUUUAUGGAUGGCGAUAUGUCGAUACUGUACCUACUGGUAAUUCCCCAACGACCCUGGGAGGUACAUCGGCUACUUUAAAGGCCCUUAUUUCAACUCUCCACCGAGAGGUUCAUGAUAUCAAUAAUGGGGGCUCCUUACUUCUCACCUCCUGGACAUGGUGUGAGCGUCGAUGCAAAGAUUCUUUCAAGACGCUGCCAACACAUUUUGAGUACCAAUACAAACCGACAACCAAAAACCAGGCCACCAAUUACGAUGUCUACAGUUUCAACACCGUGGGGGCGUAA